CCAAUUUAAGCACAACAAACAAUGAGCAACUUGACUGAAUCCAUCACAGAUUUCAUCCUCAUUGGAUUUCCUGGACUUCAAGACUACAAGAACAUUCUGUUUGGCUUCUUUUUGGCUCUGUUUUUGGUCACCUGUAUUGGAAACCUUUGCAUCCUCGGUUUAGUAAUACUCGAUCAGCGGCUUCACACACUAAUGUAUUUUUUUCUAUGGAAUUUAGCUCUGUUAGACGUUCUUACAGUCACAGCAAUCAUACCAAAACUGCUGGCUGUGUUUUUAGAACAUAAUACGAUUUCCUUUGCCACCUGUUUUGUGCAAAUGUAUAUGAUCAUCUCCUGUGGGGCAACAGAAAUUUUACUUGUGGCAGCAAUGGCCUACAAUCGCUAUGUUGCAGUUGUGAAGCCUUUGCAUUACAAUAUAAUUAUUAAUCUCAAAACCUGUAUAGUAAUUGCAGUUACUGUUUGGAUACUGGGAUUCCUAAUCCCAUUAAUAACAGACACCAUGGCCUCUUACUUGCCAUUUUGUAGUUCAAAUCAAAUCAUGCACUGUUUCUGUGACUAUCCAGCAGUGAUCUCUUUAGCCUGUACUGAUGUUUCAAGCCAUGCCAUUGGUUCCCUGUGUCUUGUUCUAAUUGUUGUCUAUGUACCUUUUAUAUUUGUGUUGUGGACAUAUCUAAAAAUUAUAACUUCUGUAAUUAAACUUAAAACGGAAGGAAGCCACAAGAAAGCCUUCUCAAUGUGUUUUUCUCAUUUUACUCCCAUGGUUAAUCUGAUGGUUUACAGUUUGAGAAACGAAAAGAUAAAGGCAGCUGCACAGAAAUAUUUUAGAAUUUACAUUAUCCUUCCAGAAAAAACACACCCUUCUGUCCGUAGUUUAUGA